ACCCUUUAUGUUGAUUUCGCGACUUUUGAGAAGGCAUGUGCUAGGGAUGUUACUUCCUGGUCCUAACUGACACUCACAUUUUCAACAUGGCGGCCUCCAUCUCUGGUUUGCUUAAACCUUGGACACCAAGAGUGUUCCUGGUGAGAUGGAGCAGAUACAACCCGUACUAUCUGGAGCCAGAGAUCAGGAAAGAGGUGUACAGCAGACCGGAGACGGAGCUGAGUGCUGAAGAGAAGGAAGAGCGGGAGCUCAAAUCGCUCAGACCCAUCAAGGCAGCACCCCACAGCAUCAGCAGCUCUGUCUUCCACGACCCUGUCAUCAGUAAAUUCAUCAACAUGAUGAUGAAACAUGGGAACAAGAUUCUGGCCAGAGAGAUCAUGACAGAUACUCUGGAGCAAAUCAAGAGGAAACAGGUGGAGAAAUACCACAAAGCUCCCGAGGGAAAGAAGGAGGAGAUCGAGUGUAACCCCUACGCCAUUUUCCACCAGGCUCUGGACAACUGUAAGCCCGUUGUUGGGCUGGCCAGCAUCCAGAAAGGUGGAAAGUACUACCAGGUGCCCAUCCCUCUUUCGGACAACAGGCGGCGUUUCCUCGCGAUGAAGUGGAUGAUCUCCGAGUGCAGAGAGAACAGACACAGACGUACACACAUGUAUGAAAAACUUUCCCAGGAACUGCUGGCAGCCUCCGUGAAGGACGGCAACGUUAUCAAGAAGAAGUUUGAGCUGCACAAGAUGGCUGAAGCCAACAGAGCCUAUGCUCACUACCGCUGGUGGUAGAAAGAGGCUCAUCGGGACUGAGACUGUGGACGGAUGCUGUGUGUCACAAAGAGUGUUGAAUCUAUUGGAGGACACAUGUUGUUGCUUUUGUAAAUAGGACAGGGGAAAGGACUGCGCUGUAAGAAGUGCUGUAGGACAGAAAGGAGGAACAUGGAUGGAUUUUUUUGUAUGAAGGGAUUGUGUUGGGUAUAAAUGUGUUGUUCCCUAACAUACAAUAAACACACCACUGAAUUAAGGAAAAAUCCAGGUUUAUUAGAACAAAUAAAUUUGCAUUUAAUAAACAACCCAAUCAUAAAAAUGGAACAAAGUCAUGUAAAAAUGUAACAGUUUAAUAAAACAUAGAAACAGAUAUUGCAGUCAGUUCUGUGUCCUGUCGGGAAUGUUAAUGUCUACAGCAUCCAAACUGAGUUAUUCACACGUUGCCUCUGUGGGAUCACUUUAAUACAGCAUUCAAGUACCUCGCCUUACUUUGUUUUUGCAAACUCUAUCGGAGUCAAAUAUCAAAGGUUGUGUGUAAAAUCUUAAAACACAACGAAAAUACAGGAUUAAAGGAGA